AAAGAUUGUUUGAAAGGCAGCUUUACAGAGAUGCGCGCAUGUGCACGCAUGUGCGCACACACACACACACACACACACAGAUCUUCCAUCUGCUGGUUCACUCCCCGAAUGCCUCCAACAGCCAGGGCUGAGCCAGGCUGAAGCCAGGAGCCUGGAACUCCAUCCAAGUCUCCCACAUGGAUGUGAAGGGUUCAAGCACUUGGUCCAUCUGCCACUGCAUUAGCAGGUGCAUUAGCAGGGAGCUGGAUUGGAAUCAGAGAAGUUGGGACUUCAUACUGUGCUCUGAUAUGGGAUGCCAGCAUUGUGGGAGGCAGCUUAUCCCAUGGUUCCACAGUGCAGGUCUCCAAGCAAAGCAUUUUUGGUCGUGGAUACAUUUAGCACACAUGAAAACACACAGGCCCCUACUGAUAGGAUUUUUUGUUUUAGAGGAUCUCAUAAGAGCUUUAGCUGCCAAACCUUUUCAGGUCUGCCCAGGCACACACCAUACACAGAGUCCAGUGCUUUCCUUCUUGUAAAAAGGUAAAGAAUUCUCUAACUAGGGAGCCUGGCUCUGUUUGAGGCUGUAUUGUUGUGUUAGACACUGGACCAUUUUGAGAGCUUCCAGAUGUUGUCCUGAGACCGAGCCCUUUUGGGGUCCCUAUUCCCCAGUGGUGUUUUGGGCAAGACACCUCUCUGGGCCUCAGUCUGUCAUUCAGGAGUGGAAAGGAUCCGGGUGGUUCUGUGGCGCAGCGGGUUAAAGCCCCAGCCUGUAAUGCCGACAUCCCACAUGGGCGCCAGUUUGAGUCCCCGCUGCUCCUCUUCCCUGCUAAUGUGCCUGGGAAAGUAGUAGAAGAUGGCUCAAGUUCUUGGGCCCCUGCACCCGCGUGGGAAACCCAGAAGAAGCUCAGAUCAGCACAGCUCAGUUGUUGUGGCCAUUUGGGGAGUGAACUAGUGGAUAGUAGACCUCUCUCUCUCUCUCUGUCUCUCCCUUUCUCUCUGUCUCUCCCUCUCUUUAACUCUUUCAAACAAAUAAAAUAAAUCUUAAAAAUAAAAAAAAAGAAGUGAAAAAGGAUCCGUAGCACAGGGCUACUGUGAAGAGUCACUGAGAUAACCCUCGAAGGGUCUAAGGCAGUGCUCAGAACAAAGCAGGGGCUUGGCUGGCAGCCGAGGCUCACCUGGGUCCACCCAUGAUUGUCAGCCAAUUGCACCUGUCAGCCUCCCUCACAGGGAGCCCCUGCAGGCUGGGGAGCACCCUGAACCUCAGCUCCUCCCUCACAAGCUUGCUGCCAGGCAAACUGCCUCGAGGGUAUGAGCCUCGGGUGUUUGCUAGGGAAGUGGGGCUAAUGAAAUCCGCCUCAAAUUUUGAACAAAAUUAUGAACUGGCUAUUUUUAGGUAAGGACACUAUGAAAGAUAUUUUAUGUUAUUUUUACUCUGAUGGACAUUUUUCUAACAGGCAUUUUAAAGGUAUUUAAAAUAACUUAAAAACAUGCUUUUUUUUAAAAAUAGCUUAAAUUUAUUGACUUCUCACUGCAAUUUAGGUAUUACUCUGAGCACUUUACAAAAGUUGUUUGUAAUUCUCAUGACAGUUAUCUGAGGAAGGUAAGUGAUGUCACCCCACUUAUAAAUGAGAAAACUGGGGCCGGCACUGUGACACAGCUGGUAAAGCCGCCACCUGCAGUGCCAGCAUCCCGAAUGGGCUCUGGUUCAAGUCCCAGCUGCUCCACUUCCGAUCCAGCUCUCUGCUGUUGCCUAGGAAAGCAGUAAAUGUCCCAGGUCCUUGGGCCCCUGCACCCACGUGGGAGACCCGGAAAAAGCUCCUGGCUCCUGGCUUUGGAUCAGCACAGCUCGGGCCGUUGAGACCAUCUGGGGAGUGAACCAGGGAAUAGAAGACCUCUGUCUCUGCCUCUGCCUCUUUGUAACUCUGCUUUUCAAAUAAAUCAUAAAAAAAAAAGAAAAGAAAAGAAAACUAAGGCUUAAUGAGAUUGAACAAUUUCCCCAGCCUGUUAUCUAUACAUAUAAUAAAUUUGGAUGUGUGAAUCUGAGUAAUGUCUGUCAUUUAGUUAACUUUAAAAAAAAAAAAGAUUUAUUUAUUCGAGAGGCAAAGUUACAGAGAGAGGGAAAGACAGAGAGAAAAGUCUUCCAUCUUCUGGAAAAGUCUUCCAUCCUCUGGUUCACUCCCCAAAUGGCCACAAUGGCCAAAGCUGAGCUCAUUCGAAGUCAGGAGCCAGGAACUUCUUUCAGAUUUCCCACAUGGGUGCAGGAGCCCAAGGGACCAUCUUCCUCUGCUUUCCCAGGCCAUAGCAGAGAGCUGGAUCAGAAGAGGAGCAGCUGGGACACUAACCGGUGCCCAAAUGGGGUGAGGGAGCAGCAGAGAGAGGCCUAGCCUACUAUGCCAAAGUGUCAGGACCCCAUUUAGUUAACCUUUUAUUUUAUUUAUUUACUUAUUAUUUGAAAUGAAGAGUUACAGAGAGGCAGAGAGAGAGGUGUUCUAUCCACUGGUACACUCCUCCAGAUGGCCGCAAGGGCGGAAGCUGCGCUGAUCCGAAGCCAGGAGCCAGGAGCUUCUUCCGGGUUUCCCACGUGGGUGCAGGGGCCCAAGGACUUAAGUCAUCCUCCACUGGUUUCCCAGGCCAGCUGGAUGGGAAGUGGAGCAGCCGGGACUCAAACAGGAGCCCAUUCGGGAUGCCGGCACUACAGGCGGAGGAUUAGCCUACUGCGCCAAGGCGGCGGUCGUCCCCCCCCCCCCCCUUUUGAAGGCCUCUUGGGUGCAGUAGCUCCUCCUCUUCCCGCUCCGGGAGGGAGCAGCCUCCUUUCUCCUGUGUGGGUUACUAAACGCAUUGUUUCAUGGGAUGAAGCUUAGGAAGAGAGUGCUGCUGCUUGUUCCCUUUUGCUUAUGAGAAAACUCAGCUUUGGCAAAGGAUAAUUCUUCUGCCCUUGGCUGGAGAGUAACCCAAGCCAGGCCUGACCCGCGGCCGGCCGGUUCCCAGCCACGCUGCACAAAGGUGUGCUUGGAACCUGGGGCAUCGUCCACCCCAACCGGCUGGGGCAGGGAGCGGGGAAAGGCCUUGCAGCAGCACACGCAGUAAUCCCGUGGCCAAACCGGGCUGAGACCCGGGCGUUGCGCCCACCUGCCGCGUCUUUCUGGGCCCUGACUGACAGACCACUGUGCCGCUGGCACCGGCAUGCCCAGCUCAGGGAAGGUGGAGCCGCAGAGAGGCCAGGCGCAGACCCCUGCUCCUCGGCAGGUCGGGCUGGGGGAGGGAGCACAGGUGAGGGCGCGGGGGUGGGGGAUCGAGUGGGGGGAGGGGCUACCCGUGCCGAGCCCCUCAGGCUGUGUGAGUCACUUUUCCUAAGGUCGGAGCGCAUUCUUGUCGGCAAUGGUCACGAGGGGUUCCCCGGCCCUUUCAUGCUCUGGACCGGUUUCUGUUUCUCCUGGGACGGAAACAACGCCUCCCUCAGACUCAGCGCCCUCCCCAACGGGUGACAAGGUGGGUGCUGUUUGAGGAGAAGCUGGAGGUGGAUGCAGGCCGCUGGAGCGCCCCCCACGUGCCCACCCUGGCGCUGCCGAGCCUCCAGAAUCUCCGAAGCCUGCUGGCCGAGGGCCUUGUCCUGCUGGACUGUCCAGCUCAGAACCUCCUGGAGCUUGUGGGACCUGCCCAGUCAAGGAAGGCUGCUCACAACAAGGAAGCCCCCAUGCAGCAACAGUGUCAGAGCCCCCUGAGACAGAAGCUGCCUCCGGGGGCCGAGGCAGGGGCUGUCCUGGCAGGAGAGCUGGGCUUCUUGGCACAGCCACUGGCAGCCUUCGUGCGACUCCGGGAUCCCGUGUGGCUGGGGCCCCUCACUGAGGUGCCCCUCCCUAGCAGGUUUUUCUGUCUCCUCCUGGGUCCUCCCAUGCUGGGAAAAGGCUACCACGAGCUGGGUCGGGCGGCAGCUGUCCUCCUCAGUGACCCGCACUUCCAGUGGUCAGUUCGUCGGGCCAGCAACCUUCAUGACCUCCUCACAGCCCUGGAUGCCUUCCUGGAGGAGGUUACUGUGCUGCCCCCUGGCAGGUGGGACCCGACAGCCCGGAUUCCCCCUCCCAGGUGUCUGCCCUCUCGGCACAAAAGGCCACCCUUGCACCUGCAGAAGGUCAAGGGCCUCUCUGUCCCACAUAGGACCCAGGCAGAGGACAGGCACCGAAAUGGGCCACUUGCACCAAGCCCAGAGUUGCAGCGGACGGGCAGGACGUGCGCCGGAAAGCCUCGUGGUACCCCAGCGAUUUCUCGGAUGCCCUGCACCCCCAGUGUGUCUCAGCUGUGCUCUACAUUUACCUGGCUACCGUCACUAAUGCCAUCACUUUUGGGGGUCUCCUGGGAGAUGCCACGGAUGGUGCCCAGGGAGUGCUGGAGAGUCUCCUGGGCACAGCGGUGGCUGGAGCUGCCUUCUGCCUCAUGGCAGGCCAGCCUCUCACCGUCCUCAGCAGCACCGGGCCAGUGCUCGUCUUUGAGCGCCUGCUCUUUGCCUUCUGCAGGUAGGAGAACCCCGCCACCUCGCCAGGGCCGCACUAGCCACAUUCUCAGUCUGGCCCUGGCUGGGACAAGAGGAGAGGUUGUCUGGCUUCUGGGUCCCCUAACUUGGGUUAGGUGGGGGCACAGACAGCCCUGCCGAGCCCUGCUUGUCUCUCACCCCCACAGAGAUUACAGCCUGGACUACCUGCCCUUUCGCCUGUGGGUGGGCAUCUGGGUGGCCGUCUUUUGCCUGGCACUGGUAGCCACAGAGGCCAGCGUGCUGGUGCGUUACUUCACCCGCUUCACUGAGGAAGGUUUCUGUGCCCUCAUCAGCCUCAUCUUCAUCUACGAUGCUGUGGGCAAAAUGCUGAACUUGGCCCAUGCCUAUCCCAUCCAAAGGCCUGGGUCCCUUGCCUAUGGCUGCCUCUGUCAAUUCCCAGGCCCAGGAGGAAAUGAGUCGCAGUGGACAAGGCCAAGGCCACAAAGCAGAGAUGACCUCUUAAGCGUGGACCUAGGCCUGGUCAAUGCAUCCCUGCUGCCUCCACACGAGUGUGUCCAGCAGGGCGGCUAUCCACGUGGCCCUGGCUGUCAUACAGUCCCCGACAUCGCCUUCUUCUCCCUUCUCCUCUUCCUUACCUCCUUCCUCUUUGCCAUUGCCCUCAAGCAUAUGAAGACCAGCCGCUUCUUCCCCUCUGUGGUACGCAAGGUGCUCAGCGACUUUUCCUCCAUCCUGGCCAUCCUGCUGGGCUGUGGACUUGAUGCCCUCCUGGGCUUGGCUAUGCCAAAGCUCAUGGUGCCCAGAGAGUUCAAGCCCACACUCCCCGGCCGUGGCUGGCUGGUGCCACCUUUUGGAGCCAACCCCUGGUGGCUGAGUGUGGCAGCUGCCCUGCCUGCGCUGUUGCUGUCAAUCCUCAUCUUCAUGGACCAGCAGAUCACAGCAGUCAUCCUCAACCGUGUGGAAUACAGACUGCGGAAGGGAGCUGGCUUCCACUUGGACCUCUUCUGUGUGGCGCUGCUGAUGCUGCUCACUUCAGUGCUCGGGCUGCCAUGGUAUGUCUCAGCCACUGUCCUCUCCCUGGCCCACAUGGACAGUCUUCGGAGGGAGAGCCGAGCUUGUGCCCCUGGGGAGCCCCACAGCUUCCUGGGCAUCAGGGAGCAGAGGCUGACAGGCCUGGCGGUGUUCACCCUCACAGGAGUCUCCAUCUUCCUGGCACCUGUGCUCAAGUUCAUCCCAAUGCCUGUGCUCUACGGCAUCUUCCUGUACAUGGGGGUGGCAGCGCUCAGCAGCAUCCAGUUCAUGAAGAGAGUGCAGCUAAUGCUGAUGCCAGCAAAACACCAACCAGACCUGCUGCUCCUGCGGCAUGUGCCUCUGAGCAGGGUCCACCUCUUCACAGCCAUUCAGCUGGCCUGCCUGGGUCUGCUUUGGAUAAUCAAGUCUACCCCUGCGGCCAUCAUCUUCCCCCUCAUGUUGCUGGGCCUGGUGGGGGUCCGAAAGGCACUGGAGUGGGUCUUCUCACCCCAGGAACUCCUCUGGCUGGAUGAGCUGAUGCCAGAGGAGGAGAGGAAUGUCCCUGAGAAGGGGCUGGAGCCGGGGCAUUCCUUCAGCGGAAGUGACAGCGAAGAUUCAGAACUGAUGUACCAGCCAAAGGCUCCAGAAAUCAACAUCUCCGUGAAUUAGCUGGAAAAAGAAUCUGGGAGCGAAGACCCCAGGAAACUCAGCAUGAGCUCUCUGCUAUGACCUGGAAAAGCAGUAGAAGAUGGCCCAAGUCUUGGGCUCCUGCACCUGCAUGGGAGACCUGGAGAAAGCUUCUGGAUCCUGGCUUUGGAUUGGCCCAGCUCUAGCCAUUGCGACCAUUUGGGGAGUGAACCAGUGGAUGGAAGACCUCCCUCUCUCUCUCUCUCUUUCUCUCUGACUCUCUAUAACUCUGACUUUCAAAUAA